UUCUAAUUAGACCUUCGGCUUUCUUUCUUAUACUUCGAAACACAUAAACUUCACAAAACACAUAAGCAACUAUAAUAUCGUUUAAAUUAUUAUGUCAUAAAAGAUAAUAAUAAGCAAGGAUGUUACAACACUGACGUAUCAAGAAUCCAAGGAGGCCACCAAACAUUAUUUAAAGGAAAUUGCAAUCUCCGAUAUGCUGGAUUUUUGGUCGUGGAGGGAAUUCAGUGUCAGUAUUUUUGGGGGGCACUUUCGUUUGUAUUCGCAUAAGCACAGAGGUGCCAUCGAAUUACUCUACAUGCAUGAAAUAUUCUUUGCUGGCUUAAGAUGGUUUAGCAUUGGAAGUGAGAGGACCAUAGCACAGUGGACUCUGUUUUGUUCCCCAGAAGAAUCAGAUGCAGUAGAGGAUGCCUGGCCACCGAAUUGUAUCACUGAUAUAAGGGACUUUCGAUUCAAGGGCACACAAUGGACAAGUAUGAACGAAGUUCCAUGUAUUCCGUGGAUAUCAGAGGAUGUUCCAGUGGAGGACAAAAGUGACGCAAAUUUUAUCGACGGAUCUGCUUUGAAGGCAGUUAAUAAAUGUAGAAAUCCUAUUCGCGAUUCUGGUGGACCUUAUUGUUAUGCAUACAUCCCUUGGGAGAGUGUGACUAUUUCGAAACAAUAUUGCCUGAUUCGAAAAUGUAGAUCGUCAGAAUGUCGAAUGGCUGGGACCGCGAACGAUUACAUGGGAACACUUUCGAAAACACGUUCAGGACGUCGUUGUGACAAAUGGCCAAUCAGACCCAAAUUACCAGCGGUGCCCCAAAAUGCGACGCGGCCCAAGUCUACUACCAAACCGCCUCGUAUCAGAUCUCCAAAAGUGGGGCCAAGCGUAGCAGUUCCAAAAGUCAAAUUACCAGCCGGUCGAGAUUACUUUAAUGACAGCGUUUUUCCAGAAGGAAGUGUCAAGAAUGCGAGUAAUUAUUGCAGGAAUCCAUCACGUAAUAUCGCCGGUACUUGGUGUUACACUACAGACUCUUUGGUACCGCAGGAUCUUUGCAACGUUAGGGACUGCGAAAAACCAGAAGAAUAUACGUUCCUUGCUGUGGGAGAUGGCCUGGAUAGACGUAUAUACGUUUUACCCGAAUAUCGUUCCGAAGGUUUACACUUUUCUGUGAAAGCUUGGGAACCGGAUAAUCCAGAUUCUGUCGUGCUUGUCUUUUUAGCCGAUGAUGGAUUAAAAUCGCGUUAUGUUCUGAAAAUAGGAACAGCAGACAAUGAAAAAGUGCUUCUCUUUUAUGAAUCGGAAACUACAGAGAUUUCCUUAGUUAAGAAAAAAACUUUGCCGCAUUUACUUUACGUGGGAAAAUGGAGUAGCUUCAUAAUUCGUAUACCACGCGGACAGUUUUUGCUUUUCUACGAAGAUGAUCCCACACCACUGUUUGAAUGGUCUCAUCCUGAUCCUCCCAAUGCUUUUCUACCUACAUAUUAUUAUUAUGGUAGUGAACAAGGAAAAGCUGUUGGCUUCGCUUUCAAUCAUAAGUCAAAUUGUCAUAUAGAAAAUACGAAAACUGAUAGAUAUACCAGAAUCUUAUCAUUGUCGACAUGGAUUGACAAAGAAAUAUUACUUCCUGAACAAGUGACUCUUCAACUUCGAGGACAAGGUACAGUUUAUUUGCCUUUGUACCGAAUGCCUGGCACUCCAGGAUAUUUUGUGCUCGAACUUAGUGAUGCAGAUCGUUGGAUAUUAUUCACAAAAACUAUGUAUCCUAAGGUGACCAUUUUCCACAAACAAAAGUUACGUAUACCUUUAUUUACAACAAAUUCAUGGACCAAUAUUACGAUCAGAUGGUCUGCAAAUACGAUGAAUAUCUAUUCCAACGCAACAAAUGUGUUUCAUUAUCAGCAUAACAGUCCUCUCAUAUUUUACUUCUUCUCUGUCGGAGUUGAUUCCAAGAGCUGGGUCACUUGGUCUGUGAACUGCAUUCCAAUAGAUAUAGAGGGACCAGCAGUGGAUGGUGGUUGGUCAGAAUGGGGACCAUGGGCGUGCAGUGUGAGCUGCAAUGGUGGUACUGGUAUUCGAAAACGGCAUUGUGAUUCUCCAAAACCUAACAUUAGAGGAGAACCAUGUGUGGGACCGAGUAUAAUGACUGGACGUUGCAACGAAAUUCUUUGCGGCGAUAUAACUGAAGAUACAAUUAACAUGAUAAACCGACGAAUCAGAAUAAACUACACGGCGCUUACUGUUAAAGAACAACAUCCAGUCACAAUUGAACCUGAUUCAGACAUUGUUAAAUUAAUUACUACAGAAUCUCCUCGUUCCGAAUUGCAAUGGUCCUUAAAUGGUAUCUUUGUGGAGGUGGAACCUGAAAGAAUAGAGUUACAAGAUUAUAACAUUAAGAUAAUGAGUGCUACUCUAAAUGAUUCUGGCGUUUAUGCGAUGACACUACGUCGAAUCGAUGGAACGUAUUCGAUUAUUAAAGUGAUCAGUUUGGCAGUGAUUCCAGCAAAGGCGACUGUACAGAUACGAGAAACGUUAGACAUGACUAUACAAUGUUACUGUACGACUUUAGGACAUAUUUAUUCGGAGCUUCAAGUAUUUUGGCUAGUACGGAAUAAAACAUGGAAAGACUACGGCAUCACGCUUCCUAUGGCAGCUGACUUCGAGCAAGUUACAAAAAUUAACAAGACACAUAAUGGAAUGUGGCAAUGUGUUGUAAAACAAAACGAUCUGAACUUCGUGUGGAUAACAAAUAUGAUUUAUAUUAGAGUUUUAGGGCCUCCAAAUUGGCGUACACAUUUGAUGGAAGAUCAGGCGACGCGUUUCUUUUUUGGUUGGCUGCCCCAUGAAGAUUAUGUCGGUGUUUUUGUGUUGAUUCUUUUUUUAAUUGUAGUUGCAGCUAUAAUUGUAGGGUCUUACUAUUACAUAAGAAUUCGAGAAACUGCAAAAAAAAUAUUUGAUAUAAGAAAUAUACCCAGAAGUCCAAAAGGCACACAAUAUGAACCAUUGACGGAUGAAGAGAUUACUGAAGAUCAAGAAACAACGGAAGAUCAAAGUACUACUGACGAUCAAAUAACAGACGAUGAAGCGACUACAGAAGAUCAAGUAACUACUGAGGAUCAGGCUACUACUGAAGAUCGAGCGACUACCAAACAUUAAGAGUAAGAGACAACCAAUGAUUAAUCCUAUCAUUGGAACAUCGAUUAAUUCCAAGAGAACUUAAAAAUCUUUCAAAUUCGUCAACAUUUCCAUGCAUUGACUGUACGAGAGAAAUGUAUCGCUCCUCAAAGAUUCCUAAUCAAGAAAAAAAGAAGCUGGAUCAUGAAAAAACGUACGAGUGGCUCCCCGCUCGAUUUCGUAACUUUAUUCCUCGAUGUUCGGUCGUAACGAAUGAAUAAAAGGAGAAGUUUUCAGGUGACAGGUAGAGCGAAUGACGAUGAACGGAGAAGAAGACCGAGAGAAAGAGAUCAAG